CCGCACCGGCCACCCUGAAAAACUCGGUUGAGGCCCAACUGGGCCCGUUCCCCUGGCCCGUGACUAUCCCGUCCUCCUCUGCUCUCUUCCCCGAACGCACCCGCAGCACGCCGCCGUGAACCACCGCGCUCACCGCCGUCGCCUCGCCUCCGGAAGUUGUCUAAAAGCUCCGCCGAGCCAUGCUGCAUCUCCUCGCCGAUGAACACGAGCCCGGGAGCAUCACAGCGAGCCUUUGAGCUCGUCACCGCCGCCUCUGUUCGCCGAUCGCCGGCGUCGAUUCGCCACCGUCAACGCUCCCCCGAGCUCGCCGACGACUCCAUCGGAUGCGCCAAUCUGGAAGCUCAGUUGUGAUUGUGAUGGAAGGGGGCAAGAAACUGUCAAUAAACAUGAGGCGUCCAAGCUUUGUUGUUCUUACCUACUUUUGUGAUCGUCCUCACGAUUAACUUGACGCGAAUGGGGGCAUAGGUGUACCUUUUAUGUCAGGCCCAGUACCACUCCUUGUCCUCCCAGCGUCAAGUAUACGGCCUCGGGCGUGGGCCGGCCCGCAAGACGGAGGAAGCCCAACCCGCGGAACCAAGGCCCAGAGUGGGUGUGACCGAGCGGAGGCACCAACUACUUAAAGGCACACGUGCAGAAGGCCAAACCAUCCAGUGGAUCACGGCACCCGGCGGCGGCGGCUUCCUGUUCCUCUCCCGAUCCCCUUGUGUACCACUUCUUGUAAUCACUAUCAGAUACUCGAAUUCGUGAGCAAGUGCAAUAGAUCGUGUGAUAUACUACCUGGGUGCUAACAUAUGGUAUUCAGAGCCUUGGAUUUGGGGCUGGCGCACCUCAUCGAGACACGGCGGCAAAAAUCGAUCAGAGAUCGAAUCAGCGCCAUGGAUCCCUCCUUCAAGGAAUAUUUCAACAAGCUGACUUCCUCGCUGGACGGAAUCCACGCGGAUAUCUGUUGACGGCGGCCAAAUUGAAGGAUCUGGUCGCCUGGCGCCCGGAGCUGGAACGGCGCGUCGACCGGCUCUCCACCGCAGUCGCUGAACUCCAACAGGGGUGACCCGCGGCAGAGGAGGAGCAGGCGCCCGCGCCCAAGGCCGCUCCGACACUCGUUCCCCUGCGCGACCCGACGGACAACAACAAGGGUCCGGAGGGCGGCGUCGCAUCAGGGCCGAUCGGCCACGACAUCGACAUCCUACCGCGGGGUCUGGCACCGACGUUCGCGUCGGUGUCCACCCCGGCAAACGGUCAGUUCGCUCCCCUGUCUCCCGCACCUCUGCCCUCUCCUUAUGCACAUGCAAGCCAGUUGCUCGCGGGGAUCGGCGAGACGCACCCAUCCAUUGUGUUUCCCCAAUUUUUUAGCGAGAACCCACGUCUCUGGAAGACGUUGUGCGAGCAGUACUUUCACAUGUUCGCGAUUCAGGAGAAAUUCUGGGUUCCCAUGGCCACGCUCAACUUCUCGGGCACGGCCGCAGUGUGGCUGCAGUCGAUUCAGAAGAAACUCUCUGAAUUCGACUGGGAAUCGUUCUCUUCCUUGUUGUGCACCCGUUUUGGCCGAGAUCGCCAUCAACUCCUCAGCCGCCAAUUUUACACGCUUGCACAAACAACAACUGUGGCAGAUUACAUCGAACGAUUUGAGCAAAUUAUCAGUCAUUUGUCUGCUUACUCAGACUCAAUUCAUCCUUAUUAUUACCUCACUCGUUUUGUGGAGGGACUUCGGGCGGACAUACUAGCGAUUGUGCUGGUGCAACGACCGCCUGAUCUGGACACGGCGUGUGCACUAGCACUACUGCAAGAGGAAGUGGCAAACGGCGGCACCUGGGAGCGGCCUCGUCAACCCACCACGGCUCGGGCGGCGGACCUGGCGACGCGGGCGCACGUGGGCAUGCCCAUGCCGCUCCCGCCCCCUCCUCCACAAGGGCGGCCUCCUACGACACCGGCUACGUCCGAGCGCAGGACCAACGACACCAACCGCAGCGACAACUCCAAGAUCAAGGCAUUGCGCGAGUACCGGCGAGCACGUGGCCUUUCUUUCAAGUGUGGCGAGCGAUGGGGACAGGACCACACUUGCCCCACGAGCGUGCAGCUUCAUGUCGUCGAAGAGCUGCUGGAGCUCUUGGGCAUGGAAGGGAGCGAGGAGCUUCCAAACGCCCCAACCGAGACGGUGAUGGCAAUUUCACGGCAAGCUCUCACGGGUGGCACUCCUCCAAAAGCCGUUAAACUCCAAGCGUGGCUCCAAGGCCGCGCUAUUCUCCUCUUGGUGGAUUUCGGCAGUUCAAUCUCCUUCAUUGACGCGCAAUUGGCUGCCUCGCUGUCAGGAGUUGUACAGCUCAACCGUCCUUGUCGAGUCAAGGUGGCUGAUGGGGGGGGGGGGGGGGUGGGGGGGGAGCUCUGCUGUGUGUCUCACAUACCCAAGUGUUGCUGGUCCAUUCAGGAGCAGGAGUUCAGCACGGACAUGAAAAUCCUUCCGUUGGGGGUUUAUGAUGCCAUUUUGGGCAUGGACUGGCUCGAAGAGCACAACCCCAUGAAUGUGGAUUGGCGCGACAAGCAGCUCUGGAUCACCACUCCGACAGGGACAAUGCACCUUCAGGGCCAGAUUGAGGGGGUUACGAGCUGCACGGAGAUCAACAGUCUGCAACUGCAAUGCAUGCAACGUCAGGGAGAGGUGGCACAUGUCGUGCAGCUGUACUAGGUUUACGAGUCGGAUGAGAUCUUCACCCCAACCCCAGGCAACAUCCAGGCGGUGAUUGAUCAAUUCAAGGACAUCUUUGAGGAACCCAAAGGUUUACCGCCAAGGUGUGCGUGCGAUCACUUCAUUCCACUCAUGCCAGGAGCGCAACCGGUGAAUCUGAGGCCUUACCGUUACAAACCAGAGCACAAGUCAGAGAUUGAGAAGCAAGUUAAAGGGCUGUUGGAUCAAGGCGUCAUUCAGAAGAGUCAAAGUCCCUUCUCGUCACCGGUGAUUCUGGUCAAGAAGAAGGAUGGAACACGGCGACUUUGCAUCGAUUACCGCCACUUGAACGCUAUGACAGUGGUGGGCAAGUACCCGGUGCCGGUGAUCGAGGAGCUAUUGGACGAGCUGCAUGGUGCUCGAUGGUUCUCAAAACUGGAUUUACGUGCAGACUACCACCAGAUUCGCCUGGCAGAGGGGGAGGAGUACAAGACGGCCUUUCAAACCCAUACAGGUCAUUUCGAGUUCUUGGUGGUCUCGUUCGGGUUGGCUGGAGCUCCGGGCACCUUUAAUGGGGGUAUGACAGAAACCUUACACCCUCUUAUCAGAGAGUGUGUGCUGGCGUUUUUCGAUGACAUCCUUGUCUUCAGCAAGACCCUACAAGAUCAUGUUCAGCAUCUGCAGCAGGUGUUCAGUCUGCUCCGGCGUGACCAAUGGAAAGUGAAGAUGAGCAAAUGUGCCUUUGGUCAGCAGCGCAUAUCGUACCUGGGGCACGUCAUCAGCGCGGAGGGGGUUGCCACAGAUCCUACCAAGAUCCAGGCUGUUCGUGACUGGCCAACGCCAACAAAUGUCAAGGAAGUCCGUCAGUUCUUGGGUUUGGCUGGUUACUACCGGUGAUUCAUGCGACAGUUUGGGGUGCUAGCUAGACCUUUGUUCAAUCUAUUGAAGAAAGGCUCUCCGUUUGUCUGGACGGAUAACACUGAGCAGAGCUUUCAGGUGCUCAAGCAGGGUUUAAUCUCGGCUCCGGUGCUCGCACUACCUAAUUUCCAGAAGCCAUUCACUAUCGAGACGGAUGCUUGUGACGUGGGCAUCGGGGCAAUUUUACAGCAAGAGAGACACCCAAUUGCUUUCAUGAGCAAAUCGCUUUGUCAGAAAUACCGCGGACUGUCCACAUAUGAGAAGGAGUACCUCGCAAUCAUCGCGGCAGUAGAUCAGUGGCGUCCUUAUUUGCAGUCGGCAGAAUUUGUGAUCAAGACUGAUCAACGCAGCUUGGUGCACUUACAAGAACAACGGCUAGUCACCCCAUGGCAGCAGCGAGCCUUUACUAAACUCCUCGGGUUGCAGUACCGCAUCGUCUACAACAAAGGAUCGGAGAACGGGGCAGCUGAUGCUCUUUCUCGGCUGCCCAAAACAGAAACAUUGUUUGGGAUCUCCACUUGUCAGCCAGCAUGGAUGGAGGACGUGCUCGCAAGCUACAACUACAAUCCGCACACUCAGAAGCUGUUGGAACAGCUGGCAAUCAGACCUGACCCCAAGAAGCGCUUCACCCUGGCACAGGGCAUCAUCCGUUUCAGAGAACGCAUAUGGCUGAGAGGCAGCACCGAGCUACAGCAGAAAAUUAUGGCAGCUUUCCAUGACAGCCCCAUCGGAGGACACUCUGGAUUCCCGGUGACUUACAAGGCUAUCUGCAGGUUAUUUGCUUGGCCCAAGAUGAAGACCCACAUUGAGCAGUAUGUCAAGUGUUGCCAGAUAUGCCAACAAGCCAAAACAGAGAGAGUGGCAUCACCAGGUCUGCUGCAACCUCUUCCUGUUCCACAGGCUUCAUGGGAUAUGACAACAAUGGAUUUCAUCAAUGGAUUGCCACAAUCAGGUCAGCACAACUGCAUCUGGGUUUUGGUCGACCGGAUGACCAAGUUCGCUCAUUUUCUGCCUCUUACCCACCCAUACACCACUUCUCGAGUGGCUCAACUGUUCAUGUAGCGCAUCUAUCCAAUUCAUGGGUUUCCUUAGGCCAUUGUCUCUGAUCGGGAUCCGGUUUUCAUGAGUCACUUCUGGCAAGAACUCUUUCGUUACGCCGGCACUGAACUUCGUUUGAGCACUGCCAACCACCCUCAAACAUACGGGCAGUCAGAGCUAGUGAACCAAUGCCUCGAAACCUUUCUCCGUUGCUUCAAUCACGCUUGUCCCAAGCGAUGGAGUCAUUGGCUUCCUCUUGCUCAAUUCUGGUACAAUUCUUCACCCCAUUCUUCCAUUGGCAUGACUCCCUUUAAGGCCAUGUUUGGGCAUGAACCCUGACAUUGGGGAAUUACUACAACUACAGUGUGCUCGGUACCGUCACUUCAGUCCUGGUUGGACGAACGCGCUGUCAUUCAGGACCUGCUGCAACAGCACUUGCAGCGUGCUCGGCUCCGCAUGAAGCAACAGACUAACCGUAAGCGUUCUGAGCGCAGAUUGGAAGUGGGGGACAUGGUGUUUCUGAAACUACAACCUUAUGUCCAGACGUCAGUGGCAAAACGGGCUAAUCACAAGCUUUCGUUCCGGUUCUACGGUCGUUUUCCUGUCAUCAGCAAGAUCAACGAGGUGGCGUAUAAGCUGGAACUGCCCCCGCAAGCCACGAUCCACCCGGUCUUUCAUGUUUCCAUGCUGCGUCGCGCGGUGCUCCCAGGUACGCCGGUCGAACCAGUACUUCCUGUACUCUCUGAUGUACCAGCGGUACCUCGAGCCAUCCUCGACACUCGCUAGAAGCGCAAGCAAGGAGCCAUGGUGGAACAGGUUCUGGUGCGCUAGUCGGAUCAAACCAAGAUCGACGACACCUGGGAAGACAAGAAAGAGCUGCAAGCUCGUUUUCCAGCGGCUGAGGCUUGGGGUCAAGCCUCUUCUCAAGAAGGAGGGGAUGUCAGGCCCAGUACCACUCCUUGUCCUCCCAUCGUCAAGUAUACGGCCUCGGCGUGGGCUGGCCCGCAAGACGAAGGAAGCCCAACCCGCGGAACCAAGGCCCAGAGUGGGUGUGACCGAGUGGAGGCACCAACUACUUAAAGGCACACGCGCAGAAGGCCAAACCAUCCAGUGGAUCACGGCACCCGGCGGCGGCGGCUUCCUGUUCCUCUCCCGACCCCCUUGUGUACCACUCCUUGUAAUCGCUAUCAGAUACUCGAAUUCGUGAGCAAGUGCAAUAGAUCGUGUGAUAUACUACCUGGGUGCUAACA